AAGAAACAACCUUGGGACUUGUUUAUGGCAAUGCCUGCAAUCAAAUAUCUCGUCACAACUCCGCGCCCUGAUCUUUCACCUUACUUACUGAUCACGUUAGCUAGAAAACAAAGGACAAGCAGCCAUCAAUGAGCUUUUCAAUGGAAUUGGUUGGGGUUCUUGCUGGCUUCUUCUCCCCCACACCUUGCACCAAAAAUCUUUAGUAUCCAUCAGCGAAUAAAACCCUAAACCCCACACAGUGAAAAACAAUGAAAAGACCACGUUCCCUGCAUCGUGUAAACUAAAGUCCUCCUUCCAUUUUCUUUUCAACCCACCAUCUCCCUUUUGAUUUUUCUCGGUACUCUGUAAUGUCUUCUUCUAGCUCGCUGCCACAAUUACUCUAUCAUUGCAGGUCAGAAAGGGACAUGCAUAACCCAUAAGAACUAACUAACUUGUGUUUCCAAGAGACUGUAUACUUAUAGCCAUUUGGUUGAGUAACGGGAUGGGGAUGUUCAAGAAGCAGAAGAGGGAAAUGGAAGAGACCAGCUGCUGCGGAGAAGAAGGAGGAAGAACACAGCCUCUGCUCCUUAGUCCUUCAUCUUCUUCUCAGGAUCAUGAUGAUCGAGAUGUCCCUCUCACUCCAACCUUUCUUCUCAGCAUCUUCGCUGUUGCUUGUGGCAGCUUCUCCACUGGGUGCACUAUAGGAUAUACAUCUCCUGCUGAGUACCAGAUCAUAGAGGAAUUGGGUAUCUCAGUUGUAGAGUACUCGGUUUCUGGGUCAAUGAUGGUUGUUGGAGGACUGGUGGGUUCUCUAGUAGGUGGGAAGAUUACAGAACACAUUGGAAGGAAACGUACAAUGUUGGUUCUGGAUGUACUGUUCAUAGUUGGAUGGUUGACAAUUGCAUCUGCAAAGGGUGCUCUACAGCUUGAUCUUGGGAUGCUCUUGAUUGGAAUUGCAUCACCCAUCAAUCUUUAUCUGUCCCCUAUUUAUGUUGCAGAGAUCACACCCAGCAACCUAAGGGGAGCAGCUGUCUCGGUGUCUCAGCUGAUAAUGUUUUGCUGCAUUGCAUUCACAUUCAUUGUGGGUUCAUUAAUCAGCUGGCGUGUCUUGGCACUAAUAGGAGCAACUCCAUCUUUAGUGCAGCUACUUCUUACUAUAUUCUUCAUUCCUGAGUCUCCUCGAUGGUUGGCUAAAACAGGUAAGGAAAAGGAGUUUGAAGCUGCCCUACAGCAACUUAGAGGAGGAAAUGCUGAUAUCUCUUCGGAAGUUGAUGAAAUCAAGGAAUAUAUGGAAACCAUCCAUAACAUCUCUAAGAACAGCAGCAUCUUGGAUAUGUUCCAAAAACAGUAUGCAAUUCCUUUGAUAGUUGGAAAUGGGUUACUGGUGCUGCAGCAAGUCUCGGGAAUGAACUCAUACGUAAUGUAUACUGAUGCCAUCUUUGUUUCUGCAGGAAUCUCUAGCACUACUGGGUUCUUGGCAGUGGCAUCUUUCCAGCUUCUAGGAGCAUUUUUGGCAGCUGUAUUGAUGGAUAGAUGUGGCAGAAGACCUCUUUUACUGGCUGGAGUUAUUGGAACAUGCAUUGGGAGCUUGCUUACUGCACUGUCAUUCAUCCUACAGGGCUUUGAGGGAUGGAGUAGAGUGACUCCAACUUUGGCACUCCUAAGUGUAAUGAUAUUCUUGGGCUCUAUUGCAAUCUGGAAUGGAAUUCCAUGGAUGAUUAUAGCAGAGAUAUUUCCUUUGAACAUCAAAGGGUCAGCAGGAACAAUGUGUUGUCUAUCCUACAACAUAUCUUCACUUGUGAUUUCGUCCUCUUUCCAAACUUUGCUCCAAUGGAGCCCUCCAGGUACAUUUUUUAUCUAUGCAAGUGUGAGCGUUGUGGCAAUAGGAUUUAUCGCUAAGUUGGUUCCUGAAACUAGAGGGAAAACACUUGAAGAAAUCCAAUCUUGUUUCACCCACAAGUGAACGAACAUCCAAAUUUUGGGGAUCAUUUGUGUCAAUCACUGAAUAAUUUUGGGUUGGGGAUCUUAGGUUACGGAUUAUUAGGGGUCUGGUCAUGUUUUGGUUGGCUAAUUUUGGGUUAAAUAUUGACCCAACCAAAAACUUUCGGUUCGUGUUUCAGAUAAUUUUGGGUUACGAGUGUUCUCGAAAACAAGAAUAAACAUGCUUCAUAUUUUUGUAAGCAACUCCAAUUUUCAUAUAUGUAUUGUCAAUAGUUUGCCUAACACGUGUCAAUUCACAUGUUCUCAAAUCCUCACAUGCUAAUGAAAGGAAAUACAAAUUGCACACCUCGCCAAAACAACGUCACGAGAGUAAUACUACCACAAGAAAGCACGCGAUAUCUGAUUAUCCCUACGCGCUCCAAACUUGUGUUCAUAUCCUUGUGAAUUUUGUUAAAUAUCUUCCCACAAAUUUAUGAAUAAUUUUUGUAUCGUUUUGAGAGUGAGAUAUGAUACGGAACAAGGUUAAAUAGGUCGUCGGAUCGUUGACCCACCCAAAAUUAUUGGGGGGUUGAGCAAGGUCGCUCAAGAAAUUAAAAUCGAUUUCCAACUAUUAUAAAUGUAUGAAUGAUACAAUGAAAACUAGUUGGUUCAUCAAAUCCCUUCGUAAACUAACUGACACAUGAAUGAAACCUUAAUAAAUGUAGGAAUGAUUCAAACGAAAACUAGUUGAGCCAAAUUAGUGGUAUUCAUACCUCAACAACCAAUUAAGCUAGUUUCAUAAUCCAUGAUCUGAAAAUUUAUACGUCAAAGUUACUCAUAACUUAUAACUAUACAUAUCCUGAUUCAUAACAGUCUCAUGAUUCCUUCCCCAACUGUCAACUGAGUUAUGGUGAAUACUUUUGCAUUAUCUUCCCCUUCAAUGUUUCUGGUUGGAACCGCUGGCUGUACGUAGCCCACUGUCCAAACUGGCGCAAAGCCCAUACUGGCCGGCCGGGCCCGACCCUUUCUCGUGGGCCCUCGAACCCACUUUCCUGCUUUGGACGGUGAUGCCGACAACGAACUCCCGGGAAAUCGUGUGGACGAUGCUCCUGCCACGUGGUGACGUCUCAUUGGACAGCAAAGAGCAAAAGAGAAAACGAAAGAUGAUGGAAAUUGAUAGCCGUUAAUUUGCCUUGUGAUGCCGAGAUUGUUUCUUUCCUUCUCGACUAAUCUUAUAUAUCGAACUAUGGACUCCUUUCCCUAAAACUGUCUUUGGUUGAUGUAGAGAAUGCGCGCAUCAUUCAAACUUUAUUAUCAAACCAGUCGGCAGAGGAAACAAGCUAGUGUACGGGAGGAUAGUGUAAGAUCACCAUUAGUUUAUACUGUUCAUACACCGCACAUAUAUAUAGGAAGGACAAAACCAUGUAAUUCCGAGAGGAUGAUACUGAUAGUGUAUAUAUAUUGCGGAUCGAGUUUGCAAAAGCGUAUUACGUACAUGGGUGGUCAGACAAGAAAUACCUAGGUCGUAUUUUGCCACCUCGAUCGUUUUGGAUUCAUGAGUAGAUGCAGGUGUUAGGAAUUUAAGUUGCUGACUUAAGUGGGCUUGCAAAUUCAUAACACAUAUAUUAGCUAUUUGGUUUUGAUGGACUAACUAUAAGUGAUCAAUUCAUGGAGCACAUGAUUACUCAAGCCCAAUAUGGGUCUAAUGGGUGGAAACUCAAUACUUGUCCACUUGGGUUUUAUGGGAGCCUAUGCGAAACUAGUAUCUCAGGAGUUUGAGGUUGUGGUCCCCAAUACACCAAGACCAACACAUUCUCAUCUUCUCCCCAUCAGGAAGAUGAGAGCUCUCCCGUAAAGGAACUAUGGAGGCUUGGUUGAGGAAGGCCUCAAUACCUCCCGGAUCGUGCUACACAGGUAUCGUCCGGUUCCAGAUCAUUCUUCAGUUUCUGCAUCAAGUUCUUGAAGAUCUAUCGACACGAAUCUAGGUAUUCGUAGUAUUAACCUUUGAUAAUCUUACAAG